AUGAGAGUGGCUAUAAUCGGAGCAGGAGUUGCUGGUUUGGCUUCAGCUAGAAGAUGUUUGGAAAAUGAUUUUGAACCCAUAGUUUAUGAAAGGUCGAAAGGAGUGGGUGGAACUUGGGUAUAUGAUGAACGAACCGGAAUCGAUGAAUUUGGUUUGCCAAUCCACACAAGCAUGUAUCAAAAUCUAAUGACGAAUUUACCAAAAGAAUUAAUGGAUUUUCCAGACUUUCCUUAUACGGGUUUAGACAAUGUGUCAUAUUUGAAAUCUUGCCAAGUGCAAGAAUAUAUUGAACAAUUUGCUGAACAUUUCGGACUUAAUAAGCACAUUCGAUUUUGUAGUUUGGUGACUUCAGUGGAGAAAUUAACGAACAACUGGGAGGUGACAGUGGAAGACUUGAAAACAAAAACAUCAAAGACUGAAUACUAUAAUGCAGUAAUGGUGUGUAAUGGACAUAACGCUUUGCCUUUUACCCCAGAUAUUCCAGGGAAUAAUGAUUUUGAUGGCAUACAGAUACACAGUCAUAGUUAUAGAAUACCUGAACAUUUUACAAAUUUGAAUGUUCUCAUAAUUGGUAGUGGUCCUUCUGGCGUUGAUAUUUGCUCUGAUGUAUCGAAAAUUGCAAAUCAGGUUUAUUUUAGUCACCAUAAGCCUGAAUUAAUCGAGAAAGAUUUUCCAAAAAAUGUCAUACAUAAACCAGACGUUGAGCAUUUUUCUAAAAAAUCUGUUAGUUUUAAAGAUAAAACUGAGCAGACUUUGGAUGCUAUAAUUUAUUGCACAGGAUACAAAAUUACAUUACCAUUUUUGAAACCUAGUUGUGGAAUUAAUGUUUUGAAUGACAAAUUAAUUACUCCACUUUAUAAAAAUAUCAUCAAUAUGAAUAAUCCUACUAUGGGUUUCAUUGGAUAUUUGAAUUUGACUUUUGUGUUCCGGAUAUUUGACUUACAGGUUCGAUAUUAUUUAGAAUUUCUUCGUAAAAAUUCUUCAUCAAGGUUGGAUUGUAUGAUUAAGACGAUGACUCCGGUCAGUACACAUUUCUUAGGCGAAAACAUGUUAAAUUACUGCAAAUCUUUAUUAUUGGAUAAAAUUAAAGUCGAACCAAUUCCACCUGUCUAUUUUGAGAUAUACAAUGGAUGUCAUAAACUUAAAGACAAAUAUUAUAGGUCAUAUCACUCAUCGGUCGUACGGAUCAUCGACAAUGAUGAUUAUGUAAUGGAAUUCGAUGCAGAAAAUGCAAAGAAUAAAUAA